CAGAGGGCCAUGAUUGAAGAACUACAAGGAGCAAACACCUCGCAUACAAAAUUCUUAUUUAUGGGAUUUCCAGAGAUCUACAAAUACAGACGUCUGCUUUUUCUGCCAUUUUUUCUAAGUUACAUCUUGGUUGUGGUGGGGAAUUCUUUGUUACUUUCUGUGAUCAGAAAUACCGAAAGUCUUCACAGUCCUAUGUACAUACUUGUGUCUGCUUUGGCGAUUGUCGACAUCAUUGUACCCACUGCCAUUAUCCCAGCAAUGCUUCUCAGUUUCCUCUUUGACUUGAAUGAGAUAUCUUUAACUGGAUGUUUGACACAAAUGUUUGUUACUCAUUUCUUUUCUUCUGUAGAAUCCACCAUACUUUUAACUAUGGCUUUAGAUCGGUUUGUGGCCAUUUGCAAACCAUUACAUUACACUGAAAUCAUGAACUCAUCCAUGUUUUUGAAAGCGCUUCUUUUCACACUGAUCAGGAGUGGCACUAUAAUGUUUGCGUUGGUCGCUUUAGCUGCACCUUUGUCUUUUUGUGAGUCUAACAUUAUCGAUCAUUGCUACUGUGACCACAUGGCCCUUGUUAGCUUGGCCUGUGAUUCAAUAAGCAAAAAUAAUGCAAUGGGACUGGUUGUGAUUAUCUGUUUUGUGGGAAUUGACAUAUCUGUUAUUUUCUUCUCCUAUGUAAAAAUCUUGCAUGUCGUGUUGGGGGCUGCAGCCAGAGAGGAUCGUUGGAAAGCAUUUCAUACCUGCGGUACACACUUAAUGGUUAUGAUGUGUUUUUACUUUGUAGGUAGUAUUACCUUUCUCUCUCGAAAUCUUAAAAUUCCAAUCCCAGUUGAUGUUAAUACCUUUCUGGGUGUGAUGUAUAUAGUAUUUCCUGCAAGUGUCAAUCCAAUCAUUUAUGGUGUGCGGACAAAAGAAAUAAGGAAUGCUUUACUGAAAAUGUUCAAAACAAAUAUUAAUAGAGUUUCCAUUGUAAAGGUUUCAGCGAUAAAGAUUUGA